AUGGCCAGCACGUCAGUCUUUGUCGUUGCUAUAGAUUUUGGCACGUCCUACAGUGGGUACUGUUUCUCCCUUGCUUCAGGUACAGACCAAAUCCGCCAGGUAUACUGGGGAACAGAGCAUGGGCUCAAGACCGUGAAGACGCCCACAUGCAUCUUGUUCAACCAGAAGCAGGAGUUCAGGAAGUUUGGCUACGAUGCUGUGAUGAAGUACAAGAGCCUGCCCUCUGGAGAAGCUGACAACUGGUACUUCUUCCAGAACUUCAAGAUGGAGCUGUACAAUACAAAAGUCACUUCUGGCAUGGAGCUGAAAGCCAGCAAUGGAAAGACGCUACCUGCCCUGACAGUCUUUUCCGAAAGCCUACGCUACCUGAAGGAACAUGCCAUGAACACCAUCCAAGAGGCCUCUUUCCAAACCGUCUGCGACCAGGAGGAGAUCACCUGGGUCAUUACCGUCCCAGCCAUAUGGAGCGCUGCUGCCAGGCAGUUCAUGCGGCUGGUGGCAAAACAGGCAGGACUCAUCUCUGACAUGAUUUCUGAGAAGCUGAUUAUUGCCCUGGAGCCGGAGGCUGCAUCACUCUGGUGCAAACAGCUUCCACAGGAAGGGUUUAUAGCAGACAGCAGUGACAAGAAGAAGUUUGAAGACUCCCCUGGGAUCCAGUAUAUUGUUGUUGACUGUGGAGGCGGCACAAUAGACAUCACGGUACACGAGAUCCAAGAAAACCGUUCCCUGAAGGAGUUACACAAGGCAGCAGGAGGUGGAUGGGGAGGCAACAGAGUGGAUGAAAACUUCACUGAAUUCCUCAAGGAAAUAUUCAAUGAUGGUGUAUGGGAUGAAUAUGUAAAAAGCCACCCUACCGAAUUACAACAUAUGAUGUACAACUUCAGUCUACAGAAAUGCUCUGCUAGCAGGGAGGCAGUCUACAUACAUUGCUACUACAACUUGACCAGAGUGGCAGAACGCAAGAAGAGCAUCUCCCAAUUCUUCACACAAGCAAAAGGAGCUGUGUGGUGUGAUGGGAUGAUCAUGAUUACAUAUGAGAAAAUGAAAAGCUUUUUUGACUAUAGUAUCAAAAAUAUAAUUUGUACUUUGAGGGAAAUUCUUGACAAGCCUGAGAUGGCCAAGGUCCAGUACAUUUUGCUUGUGGGAGGCUUUGCAUCUAGCGUCAUCUUGAGAGAUGCAAUCAGUCAGGCCUUCAGCAAGAAUUAUCAUAUCCUUUGUCCAAUGGAGGCCCAAGUGGCCAUUGCAAAAGGGGCUGUUUUGUUUGGAGUUAAUCCACACAUUAUUGCCUCAAGAGUCAGCACUCGGACAUAUGGCCUAUCAAUAACUUGUAAAUUUGAUCCUGCUAUCCAUGACUUACGGAAACAAAGGAUCGCAAAAGCUGAUGGCUAUAUUUAUUGCACAGAUCUCUUCAAGAAAUUGGUGGGAAUUAAUGAGUCAGUGAAUAUAAAUGAAGUCGCCCACUAUAUUUUCCAUGAAAGAGUGCGUUUUUCUUUCUAUUGUACAGAAAAGCAGGAUGCUCAAUACAUAGAUGAGGAAGGGAUGCAAUGGCUUGGCUCCUGUACAGUGCCAAUGGCAGACAAAACGCUGGGGAGGAAACGUGAGCUGAAGCUGGAUAUUAAAUUUGGGCUCACUGAAUUUAAAGCUAUAUGUACUGACCUUACUUCCAAAGAAAGUCGGACAGUUAUAAUAGAUUUUUUAGCUGUGUAA